AUGCCAUCUUCACCGCAUACGCCGAGGCACUCUCGGAACUCGUCCGCUUUCGAUAGCUUCUCGGGCUCCCCACAAGCUCGACGGCUCUCCAGAUCGUCAGCACAGGACCCCUCAGCUUCAUUCCGCAACAGCUUUAAUCAACAGGAUGCUCUGGAGCUGAACGGGAAUGGCAUGGGUAACCUGGCGGACGAACUCGCGGAUGCCUUUUCGGACUCGGGAGACGAAGGUGACUACAUCGAUGGAGAUGGCGAUAGUGAGGUGCUAGGCCCGGAGGGAGAUGAGGUCCAGCAUGGGCAUUCGACUGAAGAGGAAGAGGAGAAGGUGGGCGCCAGUAGCCCAACAAAGCAGAACGGCGACAGAUUAAAAGCUGCGAACCUGACGAUUCUCUCCCCACGCCGGAAACACCAACGACAAACGAGCAAUUACGAUGGCAGUGAGUACGGGUCCGAGUCUGAUUUGGACUCUCCUGGCAUGCCGCCCGGACUGGUUGCCAAGAUGGACGCUGUAGAGUCGCUAGCCCGGCGGGGGACAGAGAAUUACGGUGGCCCAACGGACGACGUAUUCAAGCGAGUCACAAAUGCGUUGCGGGAUCUCGGGUCCCAGUCCAGUGUGGAGGCCAGCGCCUCAAGGUUGAUAACGGCACAUUCUGCGCUGACCACUCACCUGAACCAUCAAACACGUCAAAUCCACAACCUCACAUUUCCUCUAUUAUCGCCUCUUGUCGCACCCCCGGACCCCGAGACCAUCGACGACUUGAUCCCGCUGCUCUUAUCGCUCUCGGACACGAUGCCACGACCCUCGACAUCGGCAUUCAACUCGUUGACGGGCCUCCAUUCAAUCACCUCUGACUUGGUACAAACCCUGAAUUAUCUCUCCGACACACUGCACAUGUCCCGGCAGACAACAACAACAGCAACAAGAAGAUUGAGGAGCGCAAAGGAGAUCGUCGCCGAGAUGAGGAGAGAAGAAGAGCUUAGGGAGGAAGGUGAGCGCUGGCUUACGAGGGGUAACUGGGGGGAGCGACUGGAGAAGAGAGAGUGCGCAGGCGUAUGCGGAGAAGUGAUCGGCGGAUUCGAAGAGGUCUGCAACGGAUGGCGGGAGAGAUUGCUGGCGCAAGCAGAAGCACAGGCCUAG